UUUCUGCAUUCAAUUAUAGGAUAAUUCAAAUCUGUACAUGGUGAUGGAAUACAUCCCAGGUGGUGAGAUGUUCUCCCACCUACGGCGGAUUGGCAGGUUCAGUGAACCUCAUGCCCGGUUCUAUGCUGCUCAGAUUGUGUUGACUUUUGAGUACCUGCACUCACUAGAUCUUAUCUACCGAGACUUGAAGCCUGAGAAUCUCCUCAUUGACCAGCAGGGCUAUAUUGAGGUCACAGAUUUUGGCUUUGCCAAACGAGUGAAAGGCCGAACAUGGACUCUUUGCGGGACUCCAGAAUAUUUGGCUCCUGAAAUCAUUUUGAGUAAGGGUUAUAACAAAGCAGUGGAUUGGUGGGCACUUGGUGUCCUCAUCUAUGAGAUGGCAGCUGGCUAUCCUCCAUUCUUUGCAGACCAGCCCAUUCAGAUCUAUGAGAAAAUUGUCUCUGGGAAGGUCCGCUUCCCA